UCAGAGAAAUGUCUGCAUGUGUGGCACAACAGCGGCCCAAUCAAGGUUGUUUUAUAACACGUGCUGGUAUGUCCCCCAUGACUCCAAUUUGAUAAUCGUUGACUUCAAGUCUGAAAUAAAGUGAAGGCCCCAGCACAAAGGCACCAUUGACGACUCAGAAGCGCACUGUGGACCAAAUCUCAUUCGCUGUCACACUUCUGUCUGACCACCUCUGAGGUAUCAAAGGUGAAGCUCGCCAUGAAGCUGUUUUGGGCACUGACGGCAUUCAUUUUGCCUCUUGUCAGAGCUCAGGUGCCUCACUGGGGUCCGUGUCCAGAACCCGAUGUUCAACCCGCCUUCAACCUCAAACAGUUCAUGGGGAGGUGGUUUGAAAUCGCCAGGCUGCCGACGCAGUUCGAGAGGGGCCGCUGCAUCGAGACCAAUUUUACAUUCAGAGGAGACAAAUCCAUUCGCGUGGUCAGCUCGGAAAUACUGAAAGGAGAGGUGAGGAAAAUCGAAGGAACCGGCGUCAUUGAGGAUCUGAAGAACCCUGCCAAACUUGGAAUUAGCUACUCGUACGUGCUGCCGUUUUCCCCCUACUGGAUCCUGUCCACCGACUACGUGAACACGGCGCUGGUGUACUCCUGCACGGACAUCCUGCGUCUCUUCCACCUGGACUUUGCCUGGAUCUUGAGCCGCACGCGCAACCUGCCCCAGUCGACCAUUGACAGCGCCAAGGAGACCUUCGCCGACAACAGCAUCGACGUGAUUCGCAUGAUUGACACCAAGCAGCAGGGCUGCGACAAAGACGCGCCCUGGAGCGAUGACCGGCUCUUAUAAAAGAAAUGAAUGCAAUAUAGCCGCGUGGUUGCACUGAACCGCUGCUUCCGUUUCAACAGCAAAAGAAACACGAUAGCUUAAACCCCAAACUCAAGUAAGAGUUAUAUUGUUGCUUCUCUGCAAUCUACUGAACUCGUUCUUUUGUCAUCUGCCACAUGCUUAGAGCCUAAACCGGUGACACAAAGCUGCCAAUUACAACGAAUAAACCUUUGAAAUUCAAUUCA